GAACGAGGCAAUCCUGCCGCUGAAUGUCAGCCCGAUAUUUUUUUGUGUGUGUUUUUUUUGCACAAAUUCAAAUGGUUAAGGUGUUGUUGUUGAAGAACUGCUGCUUCGUGGUGAAAUUAUUAUGGGGUUGCUAUUUCAUAUCCGGCAUUAUGUGGCUCGAGUCCCUAGCCUUUGGCUGGCAGUGCUUCACGAUGAUUCGUUACAGUGGCUUCUACAUUCUGGUGACGCUGCUGCACUUCGUGAAGCUCUUCAACGCCAUCAUUCUGUUGUAUGGGCUGCUAAAUCAAAAACGUGCACUCGUCGCCAUCUUCCUCAUGACGUUAUGUGUGUGCAUGAUGAUGUUGCUCGUCCACUGUCUGAUUCUCAUCGCCAUCAUUCCCACAAUGAGGGCCGUAAGCUUGGAGACCGGUCAUUACGUUAGCAUGUUCAUAUACUUUGCUUGCUACUUCUUCUGCAUAUGGGUGAUAUACUCGUACUUCAUUCUCAGCCGAGAGCCACCACCUGAGGAGGUGGCUGCAGUCAGCCACUGAGCCUACUGAAGUGGUUUGAAACUCUGUCAACUCUGAAAUUAAAUCAAGAAGAG